AUGUCUGCUUCCCGCCCACAGCGGAUAGCCUUGAUCGGUCUGGGAACCAUUGGCAUAUCCAUGGCAGCGCUUCACCUCUCUCGUGAUAGCAACAUAGUCGACGUAUUCGACACCAGACCCGAUUUCGAAGACUACAUCUUUAAGAUGCUACCGAAUUAUAUGGGCCAGAUUCCAUCCCUUAGCUCCAAACAAAAUCCUGACGCCCGACCAUCAACGUCGCUGGUAACGUCGCUGGUUUCCUCCGGUCGUCUACGAAUUCAUUCGACUUUAGAAAGCGCAUGUGCAUCGGCCACCAUUAUCCAAGAGCAGGGACCAGAAAACGUUGAUUGGAAGCAGUCUAUUUGGGCCCAAGUAGAAGCGGUAGCCCCGCCCUCUGCGCAUCUAUGGACCAGCACGUCUGGGAUUGCCGCUUCCACUCAACAACUCCAAAUGCGUAACAAGACACGUUUACUAGUCGUUCAUCCGUUUAAUCCACCAAACAUCAUGCCUCUCUUAGAGAUCGUACCCGCCCGAGGGACCUCUCCAGAGCGGGUGGAGUUUGCUCGCGAAUACUUUUCUAUUUCUGGCUCGAAGCAUAGGCCAGUAGUCAUUCGAAAAGAAAUCCCUGGAUUUGUGGGAAAUCGACUCGCAUUUGCGCUGCUACGGGAAGCUUGCUAUCUGGUAAAAGAAGACGUGGUGGAUGCGAAGGACCUGGACACAAUUCUGAUGGCUAGUCUUGGGCCACGAUGGGCUGGGAAUGGUGUCUUCGAGAGCUACCAGCAGGGAGGGGGUGAAGGUGGCAUUCGGGCUUUCUUGGAGAAACUCGGUGAGACCAUGCAAAAUGUAUGGGACGGUCAGGGGAGGGUAAAUGUGCUGGGCGACGAAGGAACCGAAUGGAAGGAAAAGGUGAUUGCCCAAGUGGACGAGGCCUACGGAACUCUGUCCGCGGAGCAGAUUCAAGAGAAAGAGGCACGGUUAAAGGAUUUUGUACGGAUUCAGACAAAGAAGUAUACGCCCGAGGGACCGGAAGUAUAG